AUGGAGCGCCGCUCACUUGCGCCGACACGGCGAGAGGUAGCACUUGUUUGCUGCCUUUCGGCAAUAUUCAUUCUCAUUAUCCAACUCGACAUUGCCAGUAACUCGUGGUCCUAUGCCAAGUCAUCUGCCACCGCCCUUCGGAAUCGGAUCCAACUGAGCGAAGGAAGUUCUAUAUUGGUCGGACAUGAUAAAGAGGAUAGUCUAUACGAUUAUGACUUUUAUGAAGCCGAGAGCCCAACAACGGGAUCGAGGCGACCCCACAGAGAGUUUUCGUCCCAUGUAAAACCCCAUGGUGACCUCAGCCAUCCUACAACGGACAAUGUCGUCGAUAACACAGAGAUUUCUUGGACAAACGGUCAAGUCCCAGAGACCAACAUCAUCGCCCAUGCACCAGGCUGGACGAUAUUCGAUAAAAUGUACAUGCUCAACGGAACUGUCUAUAUCGUUGUACCUGAUCCAUCGACUGCCCCCGACCGACGAAUGAUGACCUCGUCUGGAUACGAGGUCUGGAAUCCCCCAGAGGAGGUAGCCAAGCGUGAGCCGACCGACAAGCACAUGCGAAUCAUCACACCCAAGGAGGCCUCGGAAUUGUUUGGCGAAAACGGAUCGGGUACAGCAACUAAUCUCCAAGGCGUCACUUUCCUCGUAAACGACCCACCUCAGUUUAUUCAACAUUACUACCAUUUCUCCGCCGAACUGCUCUUUGGUCUCUGGCGCACGUAUAGCAGUCUCGACCCCCUCAUCACCCCGUCCGGAAAGACCAAACUUCCUGCUCCACGAAGGAUGCUCUUCACACAUACCCCCGGCUCCAAGUGGCGCGACUAUGCCAAGCUCAACCAAUACGUUCUCCACGCCGCGUUCCCCUCUUGUGCAGUCGCAUUCCAAGAAGACUGGGCUGACCGCUCCGAGACGGGCAAGGUCCACAUCUUUGAGCGUGUUGUCUUUGCCGACCGUGCAGCCGCCAUGCGGGGCGAGAACUUUAGGGCCAGCGGACGCAGCGCGAGUGAAGUGUUUGUCCUGCCCGGUAGUGCCAACUGGUGGUCCCCUGUUCGGAAGAACGUGCUCAACUUUAUCGGUGCGCCCGAGGAGGAGAUCAUGGGUGUCGGACUGGACGGAACACCCAACAAGCCCGUGAUCACCUAUGUCUCGCGACAGGGCUGGGGUCGUCGUAUGCUUCGUGAAAAGGACCAUCUCGGACUCGUCAAGGCUCUCCGUGACCUCGAGGCCAAGUACGGAUACGAAGUCAAUAUUGUCAAGCUUGACAAGAUGUCUCGUGACGAACAGAUCCGAUUGGUCGGUCGUACGACGAUCUUGAUGGGUGUCCAUGGUAAUGGUCUCACAUCCCUCUUGUGGAUGCUCCCGACUGCACGGUCGACUGUGAUCGAGUUCUUCUACCCUGGUGGAUUCGCCUUUGACUAUGAAUAUACAACGAGGGCGCUUGGUAUGGCCCACUAUGGAUUCUGGGGAGCCGACUCAUUCACCUCGCCAAACACUCCCCCCGUCAACUACCCCGAGGGAUUCCAAGGAAGCGAUAUCCCAAUCGAUGGAGAGGCCGUCGCCAAAUUGUCCAUCAUCGACUAUCCAUGA